AUGGAGGCGGCGAUAAUCUGCGCGCUGCUGAAGACCACGCUGCCGAAGGCCCUGUCGGCGCUGGGCGGGAGCAGGGACGUCCGGUCCAUCCAGUCGGAGCUCAGGUACAUCGAGGCCGCCAUCCAGGACCACCGCAGGAGGAGCGGCGGCAGGGACACGAGCCACCUGCGGGCGGCGUGGAUCCAGGACCUCACGCUCUUCGCCUUCGACAUCGAGGACUGCGUCGACCGCUUCCUGCGGCAGGAGAUGCCGCCGGAGGACGGCGAGGCCGGCUUCCUCCGCCGCUCCGCCCACGCCGCCAGGAGCACGGUGUUCACGCGCACGUUGUUCUCCCUCAGGAUCCGCAAGCUCAAGGCCAGAUCCGAGGAGAUUCACCGGCGCCUGAAGCGGUACAUCGAGGAGGCGGCGGCGGAGGGGACGAUACCAGACGGCGGCGGGGCGCCGGUCCCUGCCGCUCGGUGCGGUGCUCCGGCGGCGGCCGUGGGGAUGGACGAGCCUCUUGGGGAGCUUCUUGAGCUCGUGCGGGAACCUGGGGGGCCGUCGGAGGGGAAGCUCAGGGUGAUCUCCGUCGUCGGCUUCCAUGGCCUGGGCAAGACUCUUCUUGCCCACCAGGUGUUCGACCACGGCGACGUGCGCCGCCUGUUCCCUCUGCGGGUUUGGGUUUGCGCCGCGGGCAAGGGCACGCCAGAGCUUCUGAAGGAGAUGCUCGAUCAAGUGCUCCAGAAUGGUGCGGGCACCUCCGCCGACAGGGCCCGGCAGGUUGACUCUGCACCUGUGACCACCACGACCACCUACAAAUCCAACUGCGUCAUCCCAGAGGUCGAGGAGAAUGGCAUUGAGGAAGUCCAGAAUGGUGAGAGUGCCUCAGCCGGUGUCGCCAACGGCGGCAGUACAUGGCGCCAGUGCCUCCAAGCAGUUUGGUGGACUCUCGCGACGAUACUGCUGUACAUCUUGUCCCCGGCGUUCACCGUGGCAAACAUGGUGCGAGCCUCUUCUGUCCAAGAUGAGUCUGCAGACAUACAUACUGCUACUGCGAAUGUGAGUAUCUCCACAAGCACCAAGAUCGCCGCACAAGUCGAUGAGAACAAGAGUGUCCAGAUGAAGAGGCAAGCUGACAGGGGCAAGGCUAUUCAGGAGGACACUCACUUGGAAGGUGUAUGUGAUACAACGCUCAUCGAACAACGUCUAGGAUCAUACCUGAAGAAUAAAAGGUAUUUGAUUGUAAUUGAUGGCAUGCAAACAGAAGAAUUGUGCAACAUAACAUCUGUAUUCCCUGUGGAUGACGGAGUGGACAGCAGAGUUAUUGUGACGACAACCAUUAAGAAAAUAGCAAGACGCUGCAGCUCUGCCAAUGGCCGUGUGUACAAAAUGAAAACACUUGAUGACAAUGAUUCAAGAAAGUUGUUCUUCGAAGUAUUUUCCAAGGGUAAGUAUUCAGUUGCUGAUGCAACGGAGUUGAAAGCAUCUGCCCUCCUAGAGAAAUGUGGCGGCCUACCGCUUGCCCUUGAAAGCAAAGCAAAGUUUCUGAAGAGUGAAGAAGACCUGACCAAGAGUAAAUGUGAAGAUGCCUGCCGCAAGCUUUGUGCUCCAGAAAGAUGUGAGGACACAUUGGGAAGAAUGCAUGGGGUUCUCGCCAGCAGCUACGAGAGUCUAUGUAGCCUUGUUCUCCAGCAGUGCUUGCUAUAUUUCUGCAUGUUCCCGCGUGGCCAUCGUGUCAGGCGGAAUCCUCUAAUCAGGCGGUGGCUGGCGGAAGGACUUGUACAUGUACAACCAGGGGAUGCAGUGAGCACCACACCCCAAGACAUCGCAAUUGAGAAUUUGGAGACCCUGAUCGACCGUAGUAUCAUUCAGUCCACGGAAGUGAGCACCUGUGGGAAUGUGAAGAGAUGCCAACCUCCUGGGAUGAUGCUCGAGUACAUUGUCCGCAAGUCCAUGUCUCAAAAUUUCAUCACCUUGCUUUGUGGUGAGAGUGAGACGGCCGGAGAAUGGGACUACGUUCGCCGACUUUCUCUCCAUGAUUACUGUGCUGAAAAACUGCCCAAGGGCUUAUCUCGUCUGCGGACCCUGGCGGUAUUCCCUACCGGGGAUGCUGCUAAACACGGACCUACAUUGAAUUUUGCCAAGUAUGACCUACUGCGAGUGUUGGAUUUAGAAGAAUGUGAUGGUCUGAAUGACGGGCACCUCCAGAACAUAUGCAACCUUGUGUUUCUGAAAUAUCUGAGCCUCGGGGGGCGCAUUAGUGAGGUUCCAAAGAAAAUUGCCAAGCUGCAAUGGUUGGAGACACUGGACCUGAGAAGAACCAAGAUAGAGAAGGUGCCCAUAGAAGUCAUCCAGCUCCCCCAAUUAAAACAUCUCCAUGGCAAAUUUCAGCUUAUCGAAGGUGACUGCGGAAAGAUAAAUUCAGAGUACUUGUCAAAGAGAAGUAUCUUGGAGACACUUUCAGGAUUUGUUACGGGAGAGAGCGAAGGAUUUCCACAGCUGAUGAGGCACAUGAAGCGGCUGAGGAAGGUGAAAAUAUGGUGCGAAUCCACCGCAAAUAGAAGAAACCUGGACCAACUUGAGGAAGCCAUCAAGAUGUUCAUUCGUGAUGGGAACGAAUGGCCUCAUCGUUCCCUAUGCAUUAACUUCCAAGAAUGCUCAGACCCAUUCUUGGGUUCUCUGAAAGCCCCUGGCAGUCUUGCCUCGCUGAAGCUGCGCGGCAACCUCAGCGGAUUCCCUCAGUUUGUUACCAAGCUGAACAGAAUCGAGGAGCUGUGUCUGUCGUCGACUAACCUAAGCCGAGGUGUUCUUCUAUCUGGGAGUCGUCUGGACACACUUAAGUAUCUGAAGCUGAUCGAAGACAACAUCGGGCCUCUCGAAAUACGCCACGAGCACUUCCCAAGCAUCCGGCGCAUAUGGCUCGUCGGCGUGAAAAGUCUGCACUCUGUAACGACCGGAGCUCUGCCACAUCUUACUUCGCUUCAUAUGAUCUGUGAAUCUUUAGAUGGUCUUGCUGGCAUCGAAAUCGGACGCCUAGAAGGAUUAAAGGAAGUCAGGCUGCAUUCUGCAGUCGACCAAGGAACAAAAGAUGCAUGGAAGGAAGCUGCAAGGAGCCACCCUAAAAGGCCUGACGUUCUUCUUCACUGA